AUGAUCUGGAGAGAACGUCGUUGUGAGAGGAUACGGACACUUCACUUGCACACAAGACAACACAAGCACUCUCUCUUCGUCUCCGCCUCCAGACCGGGGUACGAUUACAUUCCGAGGUUAGCCCGAAGCGUCGCGCGUCAUAGAAAGAGCGAACCGAGAGCAGCUCAGGGGAGCUGGGGAGAUAAUUCACCUGAAAAUGAAACCAGCACGGGUCCAACCGCCAAUCUGGCACAUCCCCCACAGGAAAGGAAAAGCAUCAAGAUGCGGACUUCGAGGAUCUCCAAGGAGACCUCAAAAAUACUGAAUGCGACAUCUGGAUCAUCCGCGAUUCGCAGAAGCACGCGAACUUCGAUUGCACGCUUUGCACACAACUCAGGGACGGAGGACAUCAAAGACGAAGGCGCGGAGAUUCCAGAUAUUGAAGAUAUUCUCCCAUCACGAAAACGUAAACGCGAAGCAACGAGGUCACCAGUCAAGCAAUCGCCUGGGAAAAAGACAAUCACGGUAAAGAAGGAAGUCGAAGACAAUGUCACCUUCUCGCCGGCCAAGAAAGAGCGCAAGACUCGGAAACCUGCGCGCCAGGUGAAGAAUGAUCAAGGCGAGAUUGAGAUACAUCCGCCAAAUGAUUGGGAAGAGGUCUAUGCCACUGUGAAAGAAAUGAGAAUAUCAGGUGCUGCUUCAAAAGCUGCUGUCGAUACAAUGGGCUGCGAAAGAUUGGGACAGGAGGAUGUUCCUCCCAAAAUCAAACGAUUUCAGACUCUGAUCGCCUUGAUGCUCUCGUCGCAGACGAAAGACACCACAAACGCUGUUGCUAUGGGUCGAUUACAGAAGGAAUUACCCGCGUGGAAAGAGGGGGAAGCGGUUGGGCUCAAUCUUGAGAAUAUUCUAGCUGUCGAUCCGAAGCUGUUAAAUGAGUUGAUUUGGGUAGUUGGAUUUCACAAUAACAAGACGAAAUACAUCAAGGCAGCUGCGGAGAUUUUGCGAGAUCAAUUCAAUGGCGAUAUUCCAGACACGAUUGAAGGCUUGAUGUCUCUCCCUGGCGUUGGACCUAAGAUGGCAUAUCUCUGUCUGAGUGGCGCGUGGGGUAGGACAGAAGGCAUUGGAGUCGACGUACACGUCCAUAGGAUCACCAAUCUGUGGGGCUGGCAUAAGACGAAAGGGCCCGAGGAGACACGACUGGCACUGCAAGCUUGGCUUCCCAAAGAGUUAUGGCAUGAGAUAAACUGGCUGCUCGUCGGCUUCGGUCAGAAAAUUUGCUUGCCCCAGGGUCGAAAGUGUGGAGAGUGUGAACUUGGCUUGAAUGGGUUGUGCAAAGCCGCAGAACGAGGGAAGGUUACCGCGGGGAGAAAAAUCAAGGAAGAACUGAUCAAGAAGGAUGAAGAUGGAACCAUUCUUGCGAAGGAGGAAAUUGUUAAAGUGGAGGAAGUUUCGAAAUAUUUUCCUGUCAAUGCUGCUCCGAAUUCUGAAGUGUAA